ACCUUCUCCAGAAUGUCGGCUCGAACGGUCAAGACACGCAUCCUGAUAAUCAGCGAUACGCACUCCACGCCCCUUGCACCUGCCUCCUCGUCUCAGCCCUUCCGCCACCCUCUUCCCUCGGCAGAUGUCCUCAUCCACUGUGGGGAUCUUACCAUGGAGGGUCUGGCCUCCGAAUAUCGCAAGACACUCGAUAUGCUUGCUUCCAUCGAUGCACCGGUAAAGCUGAUUAUCGCGGGGAACCAUGAUAGGACGUUGGACAAGACUUGGAUGAGGAAUCACGAGAGACUUUUAUGGGGAAAGAAGUGGGAGGAGACGUAUGAGGAGGCCAGAGCGAUGUGGUUUAGGAAAGAGGGACGGGCCGUGAGAGAGGGAGUAAGAAUGUUGGAGGAGGGGAUUCAUGAGGUUGAAGUGGGAAAUGGAGCGGUGUUGAAGGUGAGUGGUUUCUUAUUCUACGACUGGGCAUUCCCUUACGAAAAACACGAAGACCGCUACAACUACCCCUCCCAAACUCUCUCUGACGCCACAAAUAUCGCCAUCAACCCCAUCCCCUCAUUUUCAGAGCAGGAAAUCGAUAUCAUCUGUACACACGGACCGCCCUACAAACAUGGAGACAUGACUGCACAUGGGAACGUGGGAUGUCCGCAUUUGCUCAAAGCAGUGGCUAGAGCAAAGCCAUUGGUGCAUUGUUUCGGUCAUAUUCAUGAGGGAUGGGGUGCAGAGUGUGUGACAUGGGAUGAGGUGUUGGAUACUGAGGAGAAGGAGACGAUGGAGCAGUUCAAGACACAGGGGUGGAAAAAGCAUGUUAAAGAGGUUGAGAGGAUUGAGGUGGUGGAGAAAGAAGUCAAGAAGCAGAGAGCAGUGUUUGUGAAUGGAAGAGACAUCAAGAGGGGCGAGCAGACGCUGAUGGUUAAUGCGGCGAUUAUGGAUGUCGGGUACAGUCCUGUCAACGCGCCAUUCGUUGUGGACUUGGACCUGCCGAUGAAGGGAUGA